GACCCUCCUCAACGACGACUUGAUAUUAAGGUAUCUACCGGACUUAGCGCUGGAUAGGCUGCGCUUUCCCACGGUAUCAAGACGGAUAGAUCGGCAAGCACUGGCUUUCGCAGCAUUCACGAUGGCGUCGGCAGAGGACCGCGAAAUGAUGGAGAAGAUCGGCCGUUUGGCUGGCCGCAUCAAUCGCUACAAGAACGAGCUGGCGGGCUUCGCCCCGACGCCUGCCGGCCGGCCGCCUCACCACACAGGACCUGUUGACGGAUGGCGCGCGCGUGGAUUUCCUCAUCGUGGCGGCCAUCACAGCGCGCGGAUGCCCGUUUACCGCAACAAGACGCUCAUCCUGAACGGCGCUUCACAGCAGAAGCAAUCGGGCGACCAAGACGCCGGAGCUACGUCGGACGCGUCCUCGUCCUCGUGGGUUACGAAAAACGAUCGACAUUUGCAGCUUAUCAAUUCCAACGUCUACAAGCGAGAUGCGCCGGUGCGGACGGCUGCCAUGGAGCAGGCGCGGCGCCAGAAGCUUGCUCUCAGGGACAAGCAAGAGCGCGCUAAACUGAUCAGCCACCUCAACCACAUGGUAAACAGCGGAGGAUUUGGGUCCGCUAACCAGCAGGCCGCGGCCGAUAAGUACGAGAUUGCCGUUCAGGGCGUGCGCUUCAGGGUCGCCAAGAACGGCAGCAAGCUUAUCAGGGUUCCCGGCGAAAACAACUCGGCCAAGGCGACACCCAAGAUUGCCGUCGUUGGAGGCGUCAGGUUUUAUCGAAGCAAGAACGGUAACCUGUACCGCCACGGCAUCGUGAAAGCCCAGCGGCAAUCGGGCGUCGUCAAGAAAGUCAACGUGCCUUGCAAGCAAUUUUCCAUGACGGGUUCCUGCACCCAAGGCCCGCGCUGCCGCUACGUCCACGACCCACACAAGGUGGCAAUUUGCCGAGAGUUCUUGCAAGGCGGUGGCUGCCAAAGCGGCGAGCACUGCGAUCUGUCGCAUGAGCCCAUUCCCGAGCGCACGCCGACUUGUCUGCAUUUUGCCCGGGAUAGCUGCACCAAACCUGACUGCAAGUAUGCUCACGUGAAAGUGUCACCAGCUGCUCCUGUGUGCCGCGAUUUCGGCUUCUACGGCUACUGCGAGAAGGGCGCCAGCUGCCCGGACCGCCACGUCUUCGAGUGUCCCGACUUCAGCAACACGGGCACCUGUAAGAUCAAGGGCUGUAAGCUGCCGCAUCGGGAGAGGGCAAGCGUCCUGCGGAGAGGAGCUGGCGGACGGGAUCUGUCCAGCAUGGAGGAGGAGGACAAGGAGAUGGCAGAUCUCUCAAGCGACGAGGACGGAGAGUCGAUUGACGAUGACGACGUCGACUCGGAUGAGGUGGACGAGUUUAUUGGCCACGACGAGCACGAGGGUCUUGAAUUCGCGGAGCAGAGGGACUUCAUCGCUCUAUGAUGCUGCUCCCUCUGCCGUGCUCCUUCCUGAUGUCUGAUGCGUUGCGUCCAUCAUCUCUUCCUUGCAUUGCCUGCUGGCAUCGAUACCCCCCAUUGCCUUAUUGCCGUCUUUACUGGGAAAGAAACGGAGUUGGGCCACGGUGAUGGCGCC